UUUCGCUAGUUUCUUCGAGGAGCUGUGCAGAGUGAAAAUGCAAAGGACUUGACUUCUGUAAAGUUAUAACUCACCGGCAUUGAUAUAUCCGAAGUUAACGUCAUAUGCACGGCAAAGCUUAAGAACCUUAUUCGGUAAUUCAAAUUAAGACUCGUUUUAGCUGGCUACAUAUCGUUGCCACUAGCUGGCUAACGUUACCUAGCUAGCUUUCCCCACAACAAGGAGGCGGCAGAAGUAGUUAAUGCAUGUUGGCUAGCAAGCCUCUGUUCCGUUUUUAUUAUAUUUUGGUGGACCUAUAUUGUGAGUGAGUGACAAUAAGAGCUAGUCGUCUUUUGCCGUUGGAAGCAAGUCAUGGCUGCAUCCCAGAAAGCGGACCAGUCAGAGCAUACAGGUGAGCCAAACAAGGAGAUGGAGCAGCCAUCUCAGGCUGGAGCAUCAGUGGAUUCUGUGGACCCAGGAGCAUCACGCAGCAAUGCACCAACAGCCUCGGCAGAUGGAAACAGUGGGGAUGAUGCUACCAAUGCAGUCAGUGCAAGUACCUCAACUAUAGAUGGGGCAGGGGAUGCUGGUAAUUCAGAAACUGUGAAGGAAUCCUAUGCAGAGAAUUCAAAGACAGUGGAAGAAAUGAUAACAGAUGCCUUGCUGACUGUGGGAGAAAUGGCCAGUGAAGAGGAUUCACAGAGAGAAAGAGAAACAGCCAGUGUAGAUGGUUCACAGAUGGAAAGAGAAACAGCCAGUGUCGAUGAUUCACAGAUGGAAAGAGAAACAGCCAGUGUAGAUGCUUCACAGACGGAAGGAGAAACAGACAGUGUGGAUGCUUCACAGAUGGAAGGAGAAACGACCAAUGUGGAUGCUUCACAGACGGAAGGAGAAACGGCCAGUGUGGAUGCUUCACCGACGGAAAGAGAAGCGGCCAGCGUGGAUGCUUCACAGACGGAAAGAGAAGCGGCCAGCGUGGAUGCUUCACAGACGGAAAGAGAAGCGGCCAGCGUGGAUGCUUCACAGACGGAAAGAGAAGCGGCCAGCGUGGAUGCUUCACCGACGGAAAGAGAAGCGGCCAGCGUGGAUGCUUCACAGACGGAAAGAGAAGCGGCCAGCGUGGAUGCUUCACAGACGGAAAGAGAAGCGGCCAGCGUGGAUGCUUCACAGACGGAAAGAGAAGCGGCCAGCGUGGAUGCUUCACAGACGGAAAGAGAAGCGGCCAGCGUGGAUGCUUCACAGACGGAAAGAGAAGCGGCCAGCGUGGAUGCUUCACAGACGGAAAGAGAAGCGGCCAGCGUGGAUGCUUCACAGACGGAAAGAGAAGCGGCCAGCGUGGAUGCUUCACCGACGGAAAGAGAAGCGGCCAGCGUGGACGCUUCACCGACGGAAAGAGAAGCGGCCAGCGUGGACGCUUCACCGACGGAAAGAGAAGCGGCCAGCGUGGACGCUUCACAGACGGAAAGAGAAGCGGCCAGCGUGGACGCUUCACAGAAGGAAAGAGAAGCGGCCAGCGUGGAUGCUUCAACGACGGAAAGAGGAGAGGCCAGCGUGGACGCUUCACCGACGGAAAGAGGAGAGGCCAGCGUGGACGCUUCACCGACGGAAAGAGGAGAGGCCAGCGUGGACGCUUCACCGACGGAAAGAGAAGCGGCCAGCGUGGACGCUUCACCGACGGAAAGAGAAGCGGCCAGCUUGGACGCUUCACAGACGGAAAGAGAAGCGGCCAGCUUGGACGCUUCACAGACGGAAAGAGAAGCGGCCAGCGUGGACGCUUCACAGACGGAAAGAGAAGCGGCCAGCGUGGACGCUUCACAGACGGAAAGAGAAGCGGCCAGCGUGGACGCUUCACAGACGGAAAGAGAAGCGGCCAGCGUGGACGCUUCACAGACGGAAAGAGAAGCGGCCAGCGUGGACGCUUCACAGACGGAAAGAGAAGCGGCCAGCGUGGACGCUUCACAGACGGAAAGAGAAGCGGCCAGCGUGGACGCUUCACAGAAGGAAAGAGAAGCGGCCAGCGUGGAUGCUUCAGAAACAGCCAGUGCAGAUGGUUCACAGACGGAAAGAGAAACGGCCAGUGCAGACGCUGCACCCCAGACUGUGGAAGAAACAGGCAAUACAAAUGCUUCACAGACUAAUGGUGAAACAGACAGCACAGACAUACCUCUGGACAUGGGAGUAGUGGAUGCUGAUGAUGAGAUGGAGGUCAAUGCUAUCAAAGUGGAGGAUGAACAGAUGCAGGAGGAACACAACUUGGAGGGGAUGCCCGUGAUAACUGCUGUGGAAGAGGGAAGCGACAUGGACGCUUUUAGCAGUAACUCCCUGGAUCAUGGGGAUGAAGUGGAGAAGAUGGACACCGGGACAGAUGGACUGACAGAGAAGCAAAUAGAGAAGACCGGGCAAGUGGACAACACUGAUUCCAUGCCUUCUAUUGUGGAUACAGAGGACACAGAGCAACCUGCUGAGCAGACCAGCUUUGAGGAGGCUAGCGGCUCGUCUCCACCUAUGGAGGAGGACAAUUCUGAAGAUGUCAAACCAUUUCACCCCAGUCCCACCUCUAGCGAAGCUAUUCUCCCACAGAACAGUAAAGGCUCUGACAGUCCUGCAGGGCUGGAGAAUGGAGUGACAGGACAGCCAGUCAAAGUUGUGGAUUCUGCCCAGCCGACAGCAGAGCCUGUGUCCACCAGCGUUGACACCCUCUCCAUGGUGAAUGUGAAGGAUGAGCCAGUAGAUGAGGAGUAUGAUCAGGCCCUGGCUCCAGUAGUCCUCACAGAGGGCGUCAAGGAUGAACCAGACGCGGAGGAGUUGAAAAUCAGUAACGUCUUCUCUGUGGGCGGCGCCCCUACCCCAAUCGCCGCAUCCACGCCAGUGACCGCCCUCUCCAAGACUGUGAUGCCUCCCUUGACCCCGGCCGCCUCCUCCAUCCCGCCGCUGAUGCCCAUGGCUAUGCGGGUGGCCUGCUCGGCCUGUAACAAGGUGUUGCUGAAGGGCCAAACGGCCUACCAGAGGAAGGGCUCCUCGGACCUCUUCUGCUCCACGUCCUGCCUCACCACCUACAGCCCCCCGUCCGUCGUCAAGACGACUGCCACCUGCCCGGCCAAGAAACCCUGCCACUACUGCCUCAAGGAGAUUGCGAACCCCAAGGACGUGAUCACAGCUCCUGUGGACACCAUGGGCACGGUGAAGGACUUCUGCAGCCAGACCUGCCUCUCCUCCUUCAACUUCAAGAGGAACUCUGCCGUCUCCACCCUCUCCUCCUCCCUCUCCACCAUAACCGGGGCCGUCAAGUGCAGCAUGUGCAAAAAGGCCUGCAUUAGUAAACACGAGGUGAUCUUCCAGGGCAGCAUGCACAGGCUGUGCAGCGAGGUGUGCUUCACACGCUUCCGCUCCACCAACAAGCUGUCCAUGAACAGCUGCCAGAGCUGCAACAACUACUGCUACGGCAAGGUCACCGUGCUGGUCGUGCAGGGGGUCAACAAGACCUUCUGCAGCGCCGGCUGUGUCACCACCUUCAAACAGAAAGCUAAGAAGACUGUGGCAUGUACUAUGUGCCGCAACUUCCGCGCACCGGUGGAGAUGGUCGACAGCGCCGACUCUGACGGCAAGCUGGAGAUGUUCUGCUCUACUGGCUGUGUUACAGCCCACAAAGUACAGACCGUCAGCUCCUCAGGUGCUCAGGUAGAGUGCAACACCUGUGGUCAGAAGACGGUGCCCUCCUUCCACCUGGCCAUGUCGGACGGCUCCAUCCGGAACUUCUGCACCAUGAACUGUGUCGUCACCUUUCAGGAUCAGUUCAAUAAGAGCAACUCCCAGAGCCAGAUGAACGUGACCCCGAGCACAGGGACCACAGCUCCCCCCGCGGCCCCGGGCCAGACCAUGGACAGGGGAUCCCAAGGGACCAGACUGCCCUGCUUCCAGUGCCACCGCCUCUUCUCCUCCAAGCCCGAGCUCAUUCAGUUCAAGGAUAAGGUGGUAUUCCUCUGUUCAGUAAAUUGUUCCGAGGAGUACAGAAAGAUCAACUACGAGAUGGCGCGCUGCGAGUACUGCAAGAUUGAGAAGCCGGCCAAGGAGGUCAAGAGAAUCAACAAUAGGGACUACACCUUCUGCAGUGAAGGCUGUAAGCUGCUCUACAAGCACGACCUGACCAAGCGCUGGGGGAAACACUGCAGAACCUGUGCCUACUGCGCCUCUACCGCGCAGGAGGCCGUCACAGGCCAGUACGGAGGCAAGAUGGAGGAGUUCUGCUCGGAUGAGUGCAAGUCCCACUACACCCUGCUCUUCUGUCAGGUGGCCAAGUGUGACGCGUGCGAGCGCCAGGGGAAGCUGAUUGAGACCCUGCCGAUGCUGGGCGAGGUGAAGCACUUCUGCAACCUCCAGUGUCUGCUCGACUUCUGCAGCCUGCAGACCCAGAACCAGGGCAAGCCCCAGGGCCAAAAGGUGGCCAUCUCAAUCGCUCAAUCCCCCUCCAAUACUACCACUGCUACGAGCAUGUCUGAUCCAGUCAUCGCCAACGUAGUCUCACUAGCCAGCUCCCCCAUUGGCCAGCCCAACUACACCACUGCCCUGCAAGGGACUGUUCCAAGAAGACAUGUGAAGUAUGUUGGAAAUGCCAGCACACAGACACAGGCCCCUCGGGCCCCUCCACCCAAGGUUCAGAAGAACAAGGCACUACUCUGUAAACCAAUGGUCCAGAACAAGGGCAUCAUGUGUAAACCCAACCUCACCACCUCAGGGUGCCAGACAGAUGAUAAUUUCCCCAAGGUGAUCAUCGUGCCUAUCCCAGUACCGGUGUAUGUUCCAGUCCCCAUGAACCUGUACACCCAGUACACCCCCCAGCCUGUUGGACUCCCCAUACCGCUGCCCGUGCCCAUGUUCCUGCCGGUGACUCUGGACAACGCUGAGCGCAUCGUGCAGACCAUCCAGGACAUCAAGGAGAAGAUCCCCUCUGACCCGUUCGAGGCAGACCUCAUCCUCAUGGCCGAGAUGGUAGCGGAGGAGGGGAUGGAGAAGUCCCCGCAGCGACCACCUGAAAGGCCAGCCCCAGCAGUACAAGAUGACCAGGGAAGCACCUACAGUGGAGACCUGGACACAGAAGAAUUGAGUAACUUCCUCACCUCUUGGCAUGACGAGCCACCUCCCACCCCCGGCGUCUCCUCGCGCCACAGUCGACCCUACGCCCACGAGACGCUCCGACCCAUCCUGGACAUCAACACCCCCACCACACCCUCACCCCCCAUCAUGGACAUAGAGGCUGACUUCCCUGUCCAAACCCUGGAGCUGAUGGCCCAUUGGAGGGAUCAGGAGAGGGAUAGAAGUCCCAGUCCUCCACCUUCUCCUCCACGACGAAGAGCCAGAAGGAAAGCUCGGGAUGGCUUGCCACAGAAGAAAAAGAGGCGUAAGUCGAAAGCAGCAGAGACUGCGUCAGUGGUGGCGUCACUGGGUGAGGCGCAUAGUGACGUGGUGCCCGGCGAGCCCCCUAAACUGCAGCACAUGUACGGGGUGGACGCCUGGAAGAGAUGGGUCCAGUGGAGCAAGACCCAGCCUGACCUGGAGAAGCCUCGAUUUGGCUCGCGACCAAUGGAGAUAAAGGAGGAUGUUUUAAAGUGCACUACAGCAGAGCUGAGCUACGGUCUCUGUCGGUUUAUCUGUGAAGUCCAACGACCCAACGGAGAGUCCUACAGCCAGGACAGUCUGUUCUAUCUCUGCCUCGGCAUCCAGCAGUACUUAUUUCAGAAUGGGCGCAUGGAGAACAUAUUCACUGAUCUCUUCUAUGGCAAGUUCACCCUGGAGAUCACCAAGCUGCUGAAAGGCUUCAAACCUACCAUAACGGCCAGUGGCUACCUGCACUCGCGGGUGGAGGAGGAGUACCUGUGGGACUGUAAACAGCUGGGGGCCUACUCUCCCAUCGUGCUGCUCAACACGCUGCUCUUCUUCUGCACCAAGUUCUUCCAGUUCAAGACGGUGGCCCAGCACCGCCAGCUCUCCUUCGCCCACGUCAUGCGCUGUACCAAGUCCAUCCACGACAACACCAAGUCCAACUUCCUGCGCUUCUACCCGCCCAUCCCCAAGAAGGACGUGGCUACCGAGACAGCAGCAGAUGUAGAUGGUGUGGCAGCGAAGAGGAAGAGGGAUGACGAGGAGAAAGAGGAGGUGCUGGAGAUGAUGGAGAACAGUGAGAAUCCCCUCCGCUGUCCUGUCCGAUUGUACGAGUUCUACCUUUCCAAGUGCUCGGACUCGGUAAAGCAGCGUACCAACGUGUUCUUCCUGCUCCCGGAGCGCUCGUGCGUCCCCAACAGCCCCAUGUGGUUCUCCUCCCAGGGCCUGGACGACCACACUCUGGACACCAUGCUGACGCGCAUCCUCACCGUCAGGGAGAUCCAUCUGGGAGACCCCCAGAGGAACAAGCCCCAGUCCAAGGACCCUGAGUGGGUCCCCGACCAACACGACGACAACUCGGAUUGACCAUGAGGACUGAUACACACACACACACACACACACACACACACACGUACAGUUAUAAGCUUUUGUUUAAAUACAAACACUACGUGUUGAUUCGUAAGGACUUCUAGGAUCCACCUUCAGCCGUGUGUGAAGAGGAGUGGGUUCACACAGUUCUAGACUGAGACGGUGUCAUGUACACACAUUGUGUAGGAGAUGUGUGUACAUGCAAAUUAUAAACAGAUGCUCAACUGCUCAAUGGAGACGCUGUUCAUUCUGUCCGGUCACUACAAGGCAAAUGGAGGGAGAAAGUAGGAGGAAUCACUUUAAGAACUGCCAUACUGCCUUUGUCAGCAUUAUUGUGGUCGUAGAGAAAAACAAGUCCGGUUAACAAGCUAUUUUCAAGUUCUUUAACGUCACCAUAGGAGAGAGACGAUGCUCUCCAGCCCUAUUCAACAUGGACUCCGAUUGGGAAAAUGGUCAAAAGCUUUUAAGAAUUUGGGAUCCCGUAUCUGACCAGGUCCUUUCUACUGCUGAAUUCAAUAUUCCCUGUCUUUCUUUCUUUCUUUGGGUCACUGCAGAAGUUACAAUGGAUUGAAAAGAAUGCCAGUGAUUGCAAUGUCAUUCAGCCAUGUCAGCAAAGUUGUUUGAGAAUUUUGUGUUUUGAAGGGAUUAGCCUCGUUGUUUUGGGAAUGAGAUAUUGUACGAACAACGAGUGAUAUAACUUGCUAUCAGUGGUGUUGUCCAUUGCCUACUAAAAUUGAUGGCUGGCAGACAUUCCUUGAAUUGACUAUGAGUUAUAUCGAGUCAUUUCAACUUGUCAAAAUGCUUGAUGUCACGUCAGUGCUCCUACAUGCAUGUAUAAUGUUGAAGGAAAAAAAUGUAAUUCUGUGGUUCCUUAUGUAGAACACUUGUGAUGUCAGGAAAGAGGACGUAGAAUCGUUUGUUCAUUUGGAAAGACAAGCAUUUACCUUGCAAGUGCUCCUCAUACUAGUUCAAAAUUGCAUUGAUUUUUUUCUGACAAACUUUUUAAUCAAAUAUUUUUAAAUAAAUGCUGAUAAACAAA